UGCGACUCUCGAUAUCAAUCCCCAUCCUCUUUCGUAAUUCUCGGCCGAGGACGCUGCAUUCUUGCCGCUCGCUGUGCACUCUUCCAGUUCUGACACUCGUUGACAGACCAUAUUUUUCUUUUUCGUUCUUCUUUCCCUCCCUCUUCCCCUUUUUCGCUGACGUCGGAUUUGAAUCGCGGCAAGCAACAAGCCCAAGCCGUCCCGCCGUCCUAUUACGAACAUUUCGCGAAUCCGCCGUCAAUAAACUGCUGCAGGGCCCCGGGCCGCCGCCAAGAUGCGCGUCACCACAGCGUCUCUCGUGUCCACGUCGCUCCUGCUGGGACAGGCGUCGGCGUCUCUCCCGCCGAUUGUUAUGAAGGGCUCCAAGUUCUUCUUCGAGAACGGCACACAGUUUUUCAUCAAGGGCGUCGCCUACCAGCAGGACAGUGCUGCCGGGGGCGCCACCGUCAAUAGCACCACCUAUCACGAUCCUCUGGCGGAUGUCGAUGCCUGCAAGCGCGAUGUCCCGCUACUCAAGGCCCUCCACACCAACGUGAUCCGCACUUAUGCCAUCGACCCCAACGCCAACCACGACGAGUGCAUGAAGCUCCUUGACGACGCCGGCAUUUACGUCAUCAGCGACCUGAGCGAGCCCUCGCUGUCCAUCAUCCGCGACAACCCCACCUGGGAUGUCGACCUGCUGAAGCGCUACACCGCCGUGGUCGACAACCUCAGCAAGUACAGCAACGUGAUCGGCUUCUUUGCCGGCAACGAGGUCACCAACGACAACAAGACCACACCAGCCUCGGCCUACGUCAAGGCAGCCGUGCGCGACAUCAAGGCCUACAUCAAGAAGAAUGUCAAUCGCUGGAUGGGCGUCGGCUACGCCGCCAACGAUGACUCGGAGAUCCGCGCCAACAUUGCUCACUACUUCAACUGCGGCGAUCAGGACGACGCCAUCGACUUCUGGGGCUACAACAUCUACGAGUGGUGCGGCGACCAGACCAUCCAGUCGUCGGGCUAUGACAAGCAGAUCGAAUUCUUCAAGAACUACUCGGUUCCCGUCUUCUUCGCCGAGUACGGCUGCAACAAGGUCGGUGGCGCCGCCAACCGCACCUUCCAGGAGACCACUGCCCUGUACGGGGAUGAGAUGAGCCCUGUUUUCGCGGGCGGUAUCGUCUACAUGUACUUCGAGGAGACGAACGACUACGGUCUUGUCAGCAUCUCGGGCGACACCGCGUCGACCAUGAGGGACUACAACGCGCUCAAGACGCGCGUCGCCGAGGCCAACCCGUCGUCGACCUCCAUGUCCGCCUACAACCCGACCAACUCGCCGGCCGCCUGCCCGCCCGUCUCCGAGGACUGGCAAGUCAAGGGCGAGGCGCUGCCGCCGACCCCCGACAGCUCGCUCUGCCAGUGCAUGUACGACUCGCUCAGCUGCGUGGCCGCCGCGGACCUGCCGACCCAGAACUACAGCGCCAUCUUCGACUACAUCUGCGACCCCUCGCGCGGCAACCUGUGCGCCGGCAUCAACGGCAACACGUCGACCGGCGUGUACGGCGCCUACGUCGGCUGCAACGCCACCCACAAGCUCGGCUACGCGCUGGACCAGUACUACAACUCGCAGAGCAAGGCGAGCAGCGCCUGCGACUUCGGCGGCCAGGCCGUGCUCAAGAGCGGCUCCGCCGCCAGCUCGUGCAGCGCCGCCCUGGCCAGCGCCAGCUCCGCCAACGCUGUCGCCGCCACCGCCACCAGCGGCAACGGUGCGGCUGCCGCCACCAGCAGCAGCGCUGCUGUCGCCACCGGCCCGAUCCGCAGCCUGUUCGCGCUGGGCGAUCUCGUCGUCGGUCUGUACGUCCUUGUUGCUAUGGGCGUGGGUGCGACCAUGGUGCUGUUGUAAACUUUGAACUCGGGGUAGGAACUGGAUUCUCGCUGAGGUGAAGGGUUCCGGAUGUAUUCCAUGUACUGCAUUGAAUUGGUCUCUAUCUAGACUGUGGCUUUUGUAAGGCCGUUUGUGUUGGGUUAUAUUGCUGUUGUACUUUGAGUAAUGCGAGCUUCUUUGUUGGGUAUUGCUUGUACGCCUCGUCUUGGACGCUCGUUUGAUGCUAUCGUUUUUCUUUCUCCGGUCGAACCUGUUUUGAGUACUUGUCCGUGGUGUGUGAUCUUCCCCAUGCGCCUUUUUCGUCGCCUUCUUCAGAAGAGUCAAGCAACGGUGGUGGCAGCGUCCGGGAAUACCAGGAUACCACGGGAUCACGACGGCUCGGACAGAUGGCUGUGGGUCGCACAAAGUUCGUGUUCCUGAGGCGGAGGAGUGUCCGCAUCUGCCACUUCUCUGUCCGGUCAUCUUGUUCACCAUUCCUCCGGAAUGGUGCUGAUAACCAGCUGGCUUCGUUCUUCCCAGGACUUGGCUGGGCAUCAGUUGCGCGUCAACUUCCAAGUUGUGGAUUACCCGACUCUGGAUUAGAUGUUUGUGGUAUUGUACAUGACAGCGAGAAUGAGCUUCCGAGGUUCAUAUAGCCGAAGACCCUUCGACGAACUCCGAACACACCCACC